AUGGCCGAUUCACCUUCCACUGAAGAAUGGCCUAAUCGGGGGCAUGAGCUCAUAGUGACUGCCUCAACCAUGGCCACAUUCUGCACGUUAGUGGCGGGUUGGCGUAUCAUCGUUCGAAUGCAGAUGAAGCCUUGGUUGGGGAUAAGCGACUGGCUUAUGAUUGGGGGUGUAAUUCUGAACUUCUUAGGGUGCGUACCCUAUGCCGUCCUUUGUGCAAAAGGCGGCCAGGGUCGCUUGAUGGCAGACCCAUGGUGGCUCAUACCAGGCAACACAUCCAAAGAGCUGCACUUGAUCUUCAUCUCACAGACCCUGAAUGUCUACGCAAUGUUCUUGGUCAAGGCCUCGAUUUGCGCAUACCUCAUGGCUUUGGACUUCGGACGCAGCUACCGAAUUCUCAUAUGGGUAUCGGUAGUUGUUGUAGUCAUCUGCAACUUCAUUAUGAUGUUGAUAUUGCACUUCGCGUACUGCCGACCCUACUACUCUCGGUGGGACUUCUCUGUGCAAGGAGAAUGCUGGCCGGAAGCGGUGAGCGAGGUGACGGCGUACGUACAGAUCGCAUCGAACAUCUUUACAGAUCUGAUCUAUGCUGCCGGGCCGAUCGUCUAUCUAAGGCGCGUACAACUCAGCAAGCGGACGCAGUGGGGCGUAAGCAUCGUGUUUCUGCUUGCACUUGUUGGAACCGGCCUUUCAGUCGCGAAAACCUUCAUCACGUACAAGUUCCUGCGGUCACAGGAGAUGAUGUGGGACGCAAUCGAUUUGAGCAUCUGCAGCAUCAAUGAGGUCUGUGUCGGCAUAAUCAUCGCGAACCUGCCACCGCUACGAAAGCACAUCCUGGGCCUUUUCUUCAGAGUCCUGCCUGGAAGCUACGCAACCGGUGCUGGCAAUUCGCGAAAACAGAAUAGCCAGUUUCACCCAAACUCUUCGCAUUUCAGUUCCAGAGGGCGCACUAAGCUGGAUAAUAAGGAUGACGACGAGAGCGAGCGGCAUAUAUUGGAGCUCGAAGACAGGACACAGAGUGCGAAGAUCAUGAAGACAACGCAAUCCGAGGGCGGUGGUGGCUGGGGCACCGGCUUCCUGACCACAACCCUCACAAGUGGCGCCUCAGGCGUCAACUAUGGUCACAAUGGCGCAACAACAGUCUCCUUCCGUCAAGGCGGCGACUGGGCGACCGUCCUCGCCUCCGCAAAGAACGCCUCAAAGAACUACACACCCUACGUGACCAUCCAAUUUGGCCACAACGAUCAGAAACCCGACAAAAAUAUCAGCGCGGCACAACUUACCACCAACCUCGUCGCAUUUGUCGACGAAGCCAAGAAAGCAGGCGCCACACCCAUCAUCGUCACGUCCCUGAGCCGCCGCAAGUACGGCACUGACGGAAAAAUCAAGCCAGACUUGGCCGAUGUAGUUGCAGCGGCGAAGAAUGCGGCGGCCGAGUCGGGCGCUGAUAUCAUUGAUUUGAAUGCGGCAAGUACCAAGUAUUUAAAUGCGAUUGGUCCGGAGAAGGCGCCUACAUAUGACCUCAAGGCUGGUGAUAGCACACAUUUGAACGCGGAGGGGAGUGUUGUGUUUGGAAACCUAGUGGCUAUGCUGAUCAAGAAGGAGGUACCGGCUGUGAGCAAGUACCUUAAGCCGGUCAAGGCUGUGCAGAGUGCGCUGGAGAAGGGUGUUUACAUCUUCCCCAAAGUUUAG